GGGGAAAUUACCACCACUCCCCGCACGUGACGUCACGUGAACUCUAGGCCCUCCUCUCCCCGCAUUUCCCAGCUCCUCUCUCUCUCGGGGAAAGAACUGGGUUGCUCUGUGGAAAAGACUUGCUCCUGUACGUAUGCAUGUCCUGUUUCUCUCUCUAAAGGUAAAUUGGCCAUGUAUGGAGUUACUUACCAGUGUGUCCCUCAACUGGAUUUUCAUUUAGAGAUUUGGUGUUGUUUCACUAGAUAUGUUUGAUUGGAACGACGAAGAGCUCACAAGCAUCAUAUGGGGUGAGGCUGGUGAAAAUGGCGAACAUAUAGUCCCUUAUCAAGCUGGAAAGGAAGAUGAUCGGCCCAAUAAAAUCCAAAAUGAAGACAUCACGACCCUUAAGCCUAGUGAACAGAAGCUGCUCGGGGCAAAACUCGAUCUCCAUGGUAUGAAGCUGGAAUGCUUCAACAGAAGCAACAAAAAUGGAGGGAUUGCUGUAUCGAGGUUGGACUCAUGGCCAAAUCUCUCUUCAUCAGAAGCUGCUAAAGAUGAGCAAGGAUCUGUUGGUACUGGAGUGACCGAUAAUGUGACAGAAAUCAACGAAUGCAAUUUAUCUAAAGCAGAGACGGCUCAACACGAUGCAGAUGCUGAUAUAUUUGGAAACACCCAAGAUAAAGAGCAUACCGAUUUUUCUGACUAUGGAUGGGAGAAUAUCAGCAGCUUUGAUGACCUUGAUCGAAUCUUUAGCAAUGAUGAACCAAUAUUUGGCCAAGCAAAUCUUGAUAAGGCUGAUGAGAUAUGGUCUUCUUCUAAAGACGCAACAAGCGGUCCAGUAAGAUCAUUUUCCAUUUCUGCGGAUUCUCCUGGUUUGAUUUCUGGAGCAUUGACGAGUUCAUCAGAGAUCCCGCAAGUGAAAACAGAAUAUGAACAUCAAGAUGAGCAGUCUUUCAACCUUGGCUAUGACAAAAUGAAUGAGCCUGCAUCCAUUAGUUUUCAGCAAAGAAAUGCAACUGUUGAACCAGUGGUGAACGAUCAGAAGAAUAUGGCCAUGGUAGGAAAGACCCAUGCAGAAAACUCUUGUCUUUUUGUUGAUAGUUCUUUUACCCUGAAUGAACGUGCUGAUAAGGUUUACAGGCACAAAACGCUCCAUAAAAGCCAGAAGAAGUCCCGAGAGAAAGCUGAAGGGAAAAUAGCCCAAGAUAUUUACGGGUCCUGGUCUUCGCAUGUGGAUUUGGGGGGACAGUGCGGCCACCAGCCAUCGCCAUUUCCAUCAUCUAUCAAUCAACUAAGUGGGAUUAGAGGACCUGAGCCCACCCAUUUCCAGCAGAUCUCUGAUCCAUACGCACAAUCUUCUGCAUUCAGGAACUAUGCAGAAUCAUUUCCAGCAAUACUUUCACCAACAAGCUUCCAAUCCAGGGAGGUCAAGUGUCCAGUCGUGUUUCCUGGGUACAAAGCAUCUUCUACUUAUGUCGACUCUACAGGAAAGAGGCUUGAUUCCCCAGGAAAACCUCCUACAAUGACGCCUCAAGAGAAAAUUGAGAAGUUGAGGCGGCGCCAGCAAAUGCAAGCAAUGCUUGCUAUUAAGAAACAGCUACAGCAGUUUGUUGACGAAAUCUGUCCUUCUGAUGCUCAAGGCCUUACUCUGGAAAUUUCAAAUCAGCAUAGCAAGGGCGCCCAUUUGGAAGUUGAUGAUCUGAGCAGUCUUCCUUCAAUUGACGUAAGUUCUUCAAUAGAGCAGGAUGGUUCUACUUUCGUCUCUGCAGCUGUUGAUGGCAGUUCAAUUGAGGAUGUGGUGCUUAAUCAGCUUCAGGAUGUGAUUGCAAAGUUGGACGACAGGAUCAAAAUCUGUAUACGGGAUAGCUUGUAUCGCCUGGCUAAAAGUACCGUGAAAAGGCAACACACUGGGAGUAUGAUUGGCACUGUUGUGCAUCCGCAAGAUGAGCAUGAAGUUUUAGCAAAGGAGGAAUCAGAGGCUAGUAACAGGGAGGUUAAGCCAGCUGAUGUUGAAACAGACACCAAUCCAAUAGACCGAGCAGUUGCCCAUUUGCUCUUUCAUCGGCCUUUUUCCACUAAACUUCCUGGAACACCUGAAUCAUUGAUUUCUCAAAAGCUCCCUCACAAACACAAAGCACAAGAGUUGGCAAAUGUGCAGAACGAGGGACUGUCCAAGAUCUUAAAAACUGAGUCGCAGUCCUCUCUUCAAGGAUCAGAAAGCACAGACCAGAUGACAGAUACCCAUCAGAUUAAUCAGUUCAAAAACAGCACUUCCAUGGACACGUCCGAAAAUGCCUAUGUGCCAACAGAGGGCGGAGCUGGAGCUCUUGAAGCAUUGCAAGAGCAGUAAAAUUCGUUAUGUUACCUGCCGUUCAAGCCAGUUCAACCAAGAAGGAAUAGAUACUCGCGAUUCUGAGCAGCACCGAUCUGCCAUUGAGGUAGCAACCCAAAUAGAAAACGCCAAAGGCCAACACAGAGUACUAGUCAAUCCGUUAUGCCGUAAUCAAACCAAGUCGAUGGUAUCUUUUUCUUGAUGGUAUCUUUGUGGAGAUGUAGGAGUGAGAAGAAUUGUAGUAUGACAAAUCGAUGGUUAGAUGCACCUUCAAGAAUCGCACGACGGUUCACCACCUUAAUGCCAUGGAGGCACUUUCUGAA